AUGGAUAAACAAGACCCAGAGCAGCUCGUCGUGACCAAAGCCGGCGACUUCCCAUUCAUCCUUCCUGCCCCUGCCGCAGGCGACGUUCUUGAGGUUAUCGAAGGAAAGGUGCGCGGUCUAGCCCAGGUGGUGGCCAGCGGCGGCCGACUGGCCCUGCCGAGCAACCAAACAUCUACAUUGCGCAAGCACGAUGCGGAGACCUUUGCCAAGGAGCGCAUGGCGUCGGUGGAGCGGGAGCAGUACGAGCAGUGGAAACAGAACCCAGCCGCAGUUCCGCCGCUCGACUGGGCGACCAACACAGUGCCGAUACCGCCGAACAGUCUCAAGACAUUCUCGCAGCGCGCGAUGGCAAUGGACCUCGUUUGGCAUCACCAGGGGGCCACCCCGGAGCACGCAGCAUGGCUCACGUCCCAUAUGACGGGAUUGCUGCCACUAGUCAAAGCCAUCACGAAGGUCUUAGGGGCUCAAACGCAUCUCGAAACCCACGACCCACUUGCCCGAUUGAGUGCCGCUGAACGCGCCGAGGUCGAAACGUUGCAGCUCGUCACCGCCGCCGUGGAGAGAAAUGUCGCACUUGAGAGAGAGCGGGUUCGCAAACUGAUCGAGUCCAUCAACGAGGAUCAAGCCGUGUUCAAAACUCGGUUGCAGACACUGGCCAAGCAUCCAGUGGGUUUAGAAAGCAAUACCUGA